AUGGGCAGCAUGUCACACUACUCGGUCCCGUCCGAAGCAGCCAAGGUCCUCCAAAAUGGCAUCGUCAGUCACUCACAGCACAGCUCCUUACCGACAGAAGCUAAAGCGCUAGCAUCUCGCAUACAUUUCACCGGCCAGGAGAAGCCUCGUCUCGCCGUCUCCUGGCGUUUCGCCGAGUCUACUUCUGCUCUCCUUGGCCUUGAAGCAAUUCUCAUCAACGUCCUCCUUGGCAGAAGAUACAACCUGGAGGCACAAGACGUCACCAUUGACACCGACCAUGCCUCGCUCUUCAUCAUGUCGCCCUAUCUCGUCGAGUUGGAACCGGACGCUGAUGCCGACAUUGUGCCGACGAGUCUGUUCGAAUCCCAGGCGAAAUUUGCAAAGUAUUUUCCGAAUCGCGAUAUUCAUGGAAUGGCUUCAACGCCGCUACGUCGUGGUGUUUCGAACAUCUAUCGAGCGGGCGAUGGAAGGUAUGUGCACACGCACGCUAGUCUUGAUCCGACGCCGAGCCUCAAUGCGAUGGGCUUGCCGGCGGAUGAUCCGAGGGUAACGAACCAAGAGGAGUGCUGGGCGGUGCUGAAGGACACGGUCGCCUCGAAGACGGCAGACGAGUGGGAUGGCGUGCUGGGUGAGGAUGCUAAACAAGCUUGCACCAUCUGUCUCGAUGCGGAGCAGUACAAGGCUAGUGCACAGGGCAAGGCUAACGCAGGCGUUGGUCUCUACCGAAUCCAUCACCAGGCAAGUGACUCGCUACCCAAGGGGUGGUGGCCGGCGACUGCGCUGACUAGUCCAACACGGCCCCUUGCAGGACUCAAGGUCCUUGACCUGACGCGUGUGAUCGCCUCGCCGACGAUGACAAGAGGGCUGGCAGAGCUGGGUGCGAGCGUGAUGCGUGUGACGGCGCCGCAUUUACCGGACUAUUCUGGCUUGCUGCCGGAUCUGAAUUGGGGAAAGUGGAAUUGCAGUUUGGAUCUCAGGAAAGCCGAAGACUUGGCCAAGCUGCAGAAUCUGCUGAAAGAGGCAGACGUUGUCGUCAAUGGCUACCGACCUGGUGUGCUGGACAAGUAUGGUUUGAGCCACGAGAAGGUCUUUGAGCUUGGGAAGAGGCGGGGCCGCGGCUUCAUCUACGUGCGCGAGAACUGCUUCGGCUGGGAAGGCGGGCCACUGGACCACCGCAGCGGUUGGCAGCCGAUCUCUGACGCUCAUAGCGGCGUGUCGUUUGGGUACGGUCGGUCGAUGGGGCUAGACGAGCCCGUUACUCCUAUCUUUCCACACAGCGACUUCGCCACAGGAAUUGCCGGGACAUGUGCGGUGUUACAAGCGCUGAUCGAGCGAGGAGAGAAAGGAGGGAACUUUCUGAUCGACACGGCGUUAAACUACGCAAACCAGUGGUUGGUGAAGCACGUAGGCGAGUAUCCAAAAGAGGUCUGGGAGGAUGUGUGGGCGGCAAACGGGAAGCCGGUGUUUCGACAUUGGCAUAACACGGGCGUCAUUCUGCCUGCGCAUCUCAAGCUCUGCGCGCAGCAGGGUCUGUUUGAGAAGAGGCACUUCGAGGUCAGAAAAUCGGGCGCGCUGGGCGGGCUGCCGAUGAGGAUGGUAAAGCCUGUUCUGCAGUACCUGGACGGCCACGUCGAAUUGGGCUUCAAUGUUGGCACAAGAGGGAACGGUGUCGAUGCUGCCAGGUGGCCGGAGGACUUACUGAACGAGGUCGUCGAAUAG